CGCCCAUAGCUCUGUUUUGCUUCCUUGGAGAGCAUGAGACAAGAACCAACGUGGCUUCUGAUCCUGAAAAGAAAUUUCAGCAGCGAUUAAACGUUGUUAUAAAGUGAUUAACCAAAUUUUCACUGUGUUGUUUCCACAGAAACAGACGGGUUAAAUUAGCGCAUUGAUAUAGAAGAUCGGACACGGGUUUCACAGCCUGUGUGUGUGUGUUCGUGACAGUAUCUGGAGAAACAUGUUUAAUGAAGAUGAAGACUGGAAUGACGAGCAAGACGCUCAAGUCCUCAGUGAAACUGUCCUCAAAAACUCCCAGAAAACGAUUAGCGCCGGUGUUAAGGUACAUACACCCAAGGCUGUUGGAAAGAAGAGCCUACUGCGGACCCUGCAGACGCUAGGAGCAGUACCAGAGUGGAAGAGUGACAGCCACAAGCAGAGCAGUGAUAGCGAAGCAGAAGCACCUCCAUCACACAGUAAGAAGAGGAAAAAGAGGAGGAAAAAGAGAGAACAUGCAGAGACAUCGGCAGAACAGCAAGACAAUGGAGGCUUGGAAGAGAAACCUGAAGCAAAAAAGAAAAAGAAAGACAACACCUCAGGGGCACCAAAGACAAACGGCACAUCUGCAGAUGAUGCAACAAAAUCUGCAAAUAUGGAGGUGAAUGAGAUGGAGAACAUCAAGAAACUUAGCAGACAACAGUGGAAAAACAAAAUGAAGAACAAGAGGAAAUGUAAAAAUAAAUACCGUGAGAAUGAACCUGAGGAGAAAGUGCAUAAAAUGGAGUCUGUAAGUAAACAAGGGACAAAUGACGAAGUUAAAACUGAUGUUAACAGCAAGAAUAGCAGUAAGAAAACCAAUCAGACAGCAGCCAAGAAACAGAAAAAGGACAAUGAAUGCAAACCACAGAAAUUAUCCAAAGAGGACACUCAGGCACUGAGAGAAGAAAAGCAGCAGAUUCACAAAGAGAAAACUAAAAAUAGUGGAAAAGCUGAAAAGUUUGUGAAAUCUUUUCCUGAUGAAUCCAAGCUCAAAGCAGAUGCAGCUGAGGUGGAGAUCACAGAUGACCAGCAGCGUGCGAAAGGACUGACAACUGAGCUAAGCAAGAAACAGAGCCAGAAAAGAGACAAGCUCCGGAAAAUGCUCCACAGCCAUAAAGCGGAGCAGCAACAGCAGGAAGACGAGCCAGCAGCACCAGAGAACAAGCCCCAACAAACCCAGCCCGCCUCCUUCCGGUCCCGCAUGGAGCAGCGCCUGGAGUCGGCCCGCUUCCGCUACAUCAACGAGGUGCUGUACAGCACGUCGAGCGGCGAGGCGAAGCGUAUGUUCAAACAGGACCCACAGGCCUUUUCGAUCUACCACAGGGGAUACACGGCACAGGUUCAAAAGUGGCCCACCAAUCCAGUGGAUGCAAUCAUCUCGUACAUUGGCCAAAAGCCUCCUUCUCUAGUGGUCGCAGACUUCGGUUGUGGGGACUGUAAAAUCGCCCGCAGCGUGACCAACAAAGUCCACAGCUUCGACCUGGCAGCGACCUGCGAGCUUGUUACUGUCUGUGACAUGGCCAACGUCCCACUUGCUGACGCCUCCGUGGACAUUGCUGUAUUCUGCCUUUCCCUCAUGGGGACCAACCUGGCUGAUUUUAUAUCUGAGGCCAAUCGAGUCUUAAAAAUGGGAGGUGUUUUGAAAAUAUCAGAAGUUGCAAGUAGAUUUGAAAACGUGCGGAGCUUCCUCUCUGCUCUGGCGAAGCUCGGAUUCAAGACGGUGUCUAAGGAUACGGACAACACUCAUUUCUACUCCUUUGAAUUUGUGAAAACAGGAAACUGUCCAAAAAGUAUCAAGAAAUCAGGGCUGCAGCUGAAAGCCUGUGUGUAUAAGAGAAGAUGAGAAUGAGACACAAUAAAAACGAGUGUGGCUUUUUUUUCCAA